UAGGCCUUCAUGUAAAGUUUGCAAUUAUUUUAAGUCUGCUGCGUCGUUUCCACAUAGCGCGUUCCUUGUGACGAUUUACAAUUUUCCAUAGUUCAAAAAGAAAUGACAUCAGACUACGAAUCAGACGAGAGAGAUGCCGGCGGUGAUCGUGGUGGUCGUGCCGUAGCAACGAGCCACCGAGUGUACGUCGGUAGCAUUCUAGAAAAUGUGAAAAAGGAAGAUCUUGAAGUGGAGUUUGGCAAAUAUGGCAAACUGACGAGUGCCUGGGUGGCAUUCAAUCCUCCUGGUUUUGCCUUUAUUGAAUUUGAAGAUGAAUCAGACGCUCAGGAAGCUGUGGCCAGCAUGAACGGAACUGAUUUCAUGGGCUCCAAGAUCAGAGUGGAGAUUUCUCCUAAUCGUGGUCGUGGAAGAGGACGCGGUGGACGUGGAGGUCGUGGUGGUGACCGUGGAGGCGGAUUCCGUGGAGGAUUCCGUGGAGAUCGCGGUGGCAGUCGAGGCUUCGGUGGAAGCCGUCGCGGUAGCUAUGGCGACCGUGACGGCGGUGGGUACCGGGGUGGGCGUGGAGGAGGAUCCCGAGGCUACGGCGGAGGCUCACGAGGCGGUGGCGGAUACGGCGGAGAUGGAGGCAACUUCCGCUCGGAUCGUUCGCGAAGCCGCGGAGAGGAUCACCGCAAUACAUCGCCCUCUAGUCGCAGUUUCGGAUCGCGAGACAGAGAUGGCAGCAGCAGAGGUGGCGGUCGUGGCAGUCAUCAGCCACGCAGCGAUCGUGGCGGUUUCGGCGGAGGUGGAUACCGCGGGAGCAGCAGUGGUGGAGGUAGCAGCGGAGGAUCUUCACGAGGUGGUUUCCGGGGAUCUUCACCUCGUUCAUACAAUUGAUUGACGAUGGUUUAAAUACUAACGAAAAUUAUUAACGAAAGACCUAAAGAAAGAAUUAAAAAGAUUCGUCGAAAUUGAAAA